CUGCGCGCGCCGGAGUCAGGGGUCACGGCGGCGUAGGCUGUGGCGGGAAACGCUGUUUGAAGCGGGGCAAGGGAAGCUUGUGAAGUGAUUUGAGCCGGGAAGGGACUGGAUCACAUUUGUGACUGGCCUGAAGAGGUGCUUCCCAGCUGCUUAUUGGAGGAAGGCCCAGGCAGGCGGGGUGGCGGGAUGGAUGGCAAGCGGCGGCCGGGCCCGGGCCCCGGGGUGCCCCCGAAGCGGGCCCGUGGGGGCCUCUGGGAUGAGGAGGAGCCGUCUCAGCCAUCGCAGUUCGAGGAGGAGCUGGCGCUGAUGGAGGAGAUGGAGGCGGAGCACAGGCUGCAGGAACAGGAGGAGGAGUUGCUGCAGCCGGCCCUGGAGGGAGCUGUGGACGGUGAGACCUCCCCAAUGACCAUAGAUGCCCGCUGGCUUCGCCCCUCCCCGCCCUCCCUGGAUCCCCAGACGGAGCCCCUCAUCUUCCAGCAGUUGGAGAUCGACCAUUACGUGGCCCCGGCGCAGCACCUGCCUGGAGCAGCCCCGCCACCCCCAGGCUCCGCGCCAGUGCUCCGUGCCUUCGGAGUCACUGAUGAGGGCGUGUCCGUCUGCUCCCACAUCCACGGCUUUGCGCCCUACUUCUACACCCCGGCGCCCCCUGGUUUUGGGUCGGAACACCUGGGCGACCUGCAGCGGGAGCUGAAUGCCGCCAUCAGCAGGGACCAGCGCGGAGGGAAGGAGCUGGCGGGGCCGGCUGUGCGGUCCGUGGAGCUGUGCUCCCGGGAGAGCAUGUUCGGGUUCCGUGGGCACGGCCCCUCCCCGUUCCUGCGCAUCACCCUGGCACUGCCGCGCCUCAUGGCCCCUGCCCGCCGCCUCCUGGAGCAGGGCAUCCGCGUGCCAGGCCUGGGCACUCCCAGCUUCGCGCCUUACGAGACCAACGUGGACUUCGAGAUCCGGUUCAUGGUGGACACAGAUAUCGUGGGCUGCAACUGGCUGGAGCUCCCGGCAGGGAAAUACCACCUGAGGCUGGAGGGAAAGGCCACGCAUUGUCAGCUGGAGGUGGACGUGCAGUGGUCUGACGUGAUCAGUCACCCGCCGGAAGGGGAGUGGCAGCGAAUCGCGCCCCUGCGCGUGCUGAGCUUUGACAUCGAGUGUGCUGGCCGCAAAGGCAUCUUCCCGGAGCCCGAGCGGGACCCCGUGAUCCAGAUCUGCUCACUGGGCCUGCGCUGGGGUGAGCCGGAGCCCUUCCUGCGCCUGGCGCUCACCUUGCGGCCCUGCGCCCCUAUCCUGGGCGCCAAAGUGCAGAGCUACGAGCGGGAGGAGGAGCUGCUGCAGGCGUGGUCAACCUUCAUUCGCAUCAUGGACCCCGAUGUGAUCACCGGCUACAACAUCCAGAACUUUGACCUUCCGUACCUCAUCUCCCGGGCCCAGACCCUCAAGGUGGAGUCGUUCCCCUUCCUGGGCCGCGUGUCUGGCCUCCGCUCCACCAUCCGGGACUCGUCCUUCCAGUCCAAGCAGACGGGCCGGCGGGACAGCAAGGUGGUCAGCAUGGUGGGCCGCGUGCAGAUGGACAUGCUGCAGGUGCUGCUGCGGGAGUAUAAGCUCCGCUCCUACACGCUCAACGCCGUGAGCUUCCACUUCCUGGGCGAGCAGAAGGAGGACGUCCAGCACAGCAUCAUCACUGACCUGCAGAACGGGAAUGACCAGACACGCCGCCGCCUGGCCGUUUACUGCCUCAAGGAUGCCUUCCUGCCCCUGCGGCUACUGGAGCGGCUCAUGGUGCUGGUGAACGCCAUGGAGAUGGCACGUGUCACCGGCGUGCCCCUUGGCUACUUGCUCACCCGUGGCCAGCAGGUCAAGGUCGUAUCCCAGCUGCUGCGGCAGGCCAUGCGUGAGGGACUGCUGAUGCCUGUGGUAAAGACAGAGGGUGUCGAGGACUACACGGGAGCCACGGUCAUUGAGCCCCUCAAAGGGUACUACGAUGUCCCCAUCGCCACACUGGACUUCUCCUCCCUGUAUCCGUCCAUCAUGAUGGCCCACAACCUGUGCUACACGACACUCCUGCGACCCGGGGCUGCCCAGAAACUGGGCCUGACCGAGGAUCAGUUCAUCAAGACGCCCACAGGGGACGAGUUUGUGAAGACGUCAGUGCGGAAGGGGCUGCUGCCCCAGAUCCUGGAGAACCUGCUCAGCGCUCGGAAGAGGGCCAAGGCUGAGCUGGCCAAAGAGACAGACCCCCUGCGUCGGCAGGUGUUGGAUGGGCGGCAGCUGGCACUCAAAGUGAGCGCCAACUCUGUAUAUGGCUUCACUGGUGCCCAGGUGGGCAAGCUUCCGUGCCUGGAGAUCUCACAGAGCGUCACUGGGUUCGGGCGCCAGAUGAUUGAGAAAACAAAGCAACUGGUGGAGUCCAAGUACACAGUGGAGAAUGGCUAUGUCACCAAUGCCAAGGUGGUGUAUGGUGACACCGACUCGGUCAUGUGCCGAUUUGGUGUCUCUUCUGUGGCUGAGGCAAUGGCCCUGGGGCGGGAGGCUGCGGAUUGGGUGUCGGGCCACUUCCCCCCACCUAUCCGGCUCGAGUUUGAAAAGGUCUACUUUCCCUACCUGCUCAUCAGCAAGAAGCGGUACGCGGGCCUACUGUUCUCCUCCCGGCCCGACGCUCACGACCGCAUGGACUGCAAGGGCCUGGAGGCUGUGCGCAGGGACAACUGCCCCCUCGUGGCCAACCUCGUCACCGCCUCCCUGCGCCGCCUGCUCAUCGACCGAGACCCCAUGGGGGCCGUGGCCCACGCACAGGACGUCAUCUCGGACCUGCUGUGCAACCGCAUUGACAUCUCCCAGCUCGUCAUCACCAAGGAGCUGACUCGCGCCGCCUCGGACUACGCCGGCAAGCAGGCCCACGUGGAGCUGGCAGAGAGGAUGAGGAAGCGGGACCCCGGGAGUGCGCCCAGCUUGGGCGAUCGUGUCCCCUACGUGAUCAUCGGCGCUGCCAAGGGCGUGGCUGCCUACAUGAAGUCGGAGGACCCCCUGUUCGUGCUGGAGCACAGCCUGCCCAUCGACACGCAGUACUACCUGGAGCAGCAGCUCGCCAAGCCGCUCCUGCGCAUCUUCGAGCCCAUCCUGGGCGAGGGCCGCGCCGAGGCUGUGCUGCUAAGGGGUGACCACACACGCUGCAAGACGGUGCUCACGGGCAAGGUGGGCGGCCUUCUGGCCUUUGCCAAACGCCACAGCUGCUGCAUCGGCUGCCGCACUGUCCUCAGCCACCAGGGGGCCGUGUGCAAGUUCUGCCAGCCUCGGGAGUCGGAGCUGUAUCAGAAGGAGGUGUCGCACCUCAACGCCCUGGAGGAGCGCUUCUCGCGCCUGUGGACGCAGUGCCAGCGCUGUCAGGGCAGCCUGCAUGAGGACGUCAUCUGCACCAGCCGGGACUGCCCCAUCUUCUACAUGCGCAAGAAGGUGCGCAAGGACCUGGAGGACCAGGAGCAGCUUCUGAGACGCUUUGGCCCUCCUGGCCCUGAGGCCUGGUGACCUCCGACCUCGGCAGGCUUCCUCCGAGGGCCUUGGCGGGGGGUGGGGGGGGCGGAUUGGUGGAGAAAUAAUAAAGUUGGGGCUUUUUGUUCCCUGGUG